AUGACAACCAAUCUCUCCUUCUUUGCCGUUCCCGUUUUCUGGCUCUUGUGCGUCCUGCCACACAGUUAUGGUGUUUUGAUCAUGAAAACCGCCAACAAUGGUCACUGGAACAACAGCGCUCCAAGGUCAUCCAAUUGGCAUGAAACCUUGCGAAAGUCUACUCCUAAGGACAUCUAUGCGCGUUACGAAAGAGCUGAUGCAGCUCACAAAAACGGGUUCGAGAACAUGCCCAUAUUCAUCGGGGCAAUCUUGGCUGGAAACUUCGCCCAACUUGAUACUCGCACUCUCAACCUCUUUGUCACGCUUUAUCUCUUCGCACGUGUUCUAUACACCAUCGCCUAUAUAUCAAUAAGUUCUCAUCGGUACAGCGUUAUUCGAUCUACCAUCUGGCUCUUGAGCACGUCGAUGUGCCUGGGGAUCUUCGUCAAGGCGGGAUUGGCUUUGCCUUAA